UCUGCAGAUUCAACCUACAAUGACCUCUAUGGAGCGGAAGAUUACCCUGUUGUGCAGUACUUACGAAGACCCUUGUAUUUUGAGGUAGAACUCCUGUACAGCAGGGAUCCACAGGCUGAAUUGUUUUUGGAGAACUGCUGGGCAACCUAUUCUGCUGACAGGACUAGCUUUCCAAAGUGGGAUGUUGUUGUGGACAGCUGUGAGAACUCUGCAGAUGAGUACUUGACCAUCUUUCACCCAGUCUCCAGCAAUGCAAGAGUGCUGUUCCCUUCCCAUCUGAAGAGGUUUGAAGUGAAAAUGUUUUCCUUCAUAAGCGGCCAGGAUGCACUGAAAGGACAGAUUUACUUCCACUGUGGUGUUGUGAUAUGUGAUUCAAACCGGCCAUCAGACAGCCUCUGUAGCAGACGGUGCAUUCCAGGAAGACAGAGGCUUGGUCGCAGUGCUGAAGGGAUGGAUGGUGGUGCAGUGAAGGCAUUUGUGUCUUCUGGCCCAAUUGAGCUGAAGAGAGAUGGAUCCCUUCGCUUUAUGCCUAGAAGCGGUAAUGUGAACACAAUUGCAGUUCAUGUAAAAUUAACUUUGGUGUAAGCUAUUUGUGUAUUCACUAACUGCUUUCUUUUCUCUUGCAGCCCAACUCAAUGUGUGGUCUCUUCUGGGAGCUGCAAUGGGUGUGUGUUCAGUGGCUGUCCUUGUAGCUGGAGUUGUAUUUCUGUGGAAAAUGCCAAAGUGUGAAUUGAUGAAUAAAAAUCUUGCUUUAUAAAGGU